GCAGUGCGUGCACUAAACACAAACUAGGCAGUAGUGCACUCUACCUAUAGCUCUCUCCGAUCCAUGCAGAGCUCGGUGGUCAUGUUGUCGAGCACGGUGGCAGCGGCGGCCAUGGCAUCGCUGCGCACCCUCCCGCUGCCGGUGCUGGUGCCCCUCGUCGCCUCGGGGCUCGUCUUCCUGGCCACCGUGCUCCGACGCUUGCUAAGGCGGCAGCGGCCGGUGUACCUCCUGAACUACAGCUGCCACCUCCCGGACGCGGAGCGGCAGGUGAACCUGGAGGUGUGCGAGUACUUCGGCCUCAAGUGUCGCCGCUACUCCGACGACAUCGCCGACUUCAUGCGGCUGGUGUACAGCAAGUCCGGUCUGGGCCAGGAGACCUUCGCGCCGCCCUUCAUCUACUCGGGCAAGUUCGAGAAGACGCUGGCAUUCGCGAUCCAGGAGGCCGAGGAGGGUCUGUUCGCCGUCGUGGAGCAGCUCCUGGCAAAGUCGGACGUGAGUCCCAGCGACAUCAGCGUCCUGGUGGUGGCCUGCUCCAUGUUCUCCCCGAUGCCGUCGCUGGCGUCCAUGAUCAUGCACCGGUUCAAUAUGCGGCCGGAUGUGAAGUCGUACAGCGUGGCCGGGAUGGGUUGCAGCGCGGGGACCGUUGGCAUCGACACGGCGGCGCGGUCGCUGCGCUCUCGGCGGACGCCCGGGUACGCGCUGGUGGUGGUGACGGAGAACACGAGCCUAAACUGGUACUUCGGCAAGAACAAGCACAUGCUGGUGACCAACUGCAUCUUCCGCGUGGGCAGCGCGGCGGCGCUGGUGACGGACGUCCCGUCCCGGCGCCCGGACGCCAAGUACGAGCUGGUGCGCACGCUGCGGACGCACCACGGCGCGGACGACGCGGCCUUCAACGCGGCGCUGCAGAUGGAGGACGAGGAGGGCAACCUGGGCGUGGCGCUCACCAAGGACCUGGUCCGCGUCGCCGGUGCGGCGCUGCGGAGGCACAUCACCACGCUGGGUCCCCAGGUGCUGCCGGUGUCCGAGAUGCUCCGGUACGCGUGGCGCGUGGCGCGCGCCUACGCGGCCGGGAACAGCAAGGCCGCGGCGGCGGAGGUGCCCGACUUCCAGCGCGCGUUCGAGCACUUCUGCAUCCACUCGGGCGGGAAGGCGGUGAUCGACUCGAUCGCGCGGCUGAUGGGGUUCGGGCCCUACGUCGUGGAGCCGGCGCGCUCCACGCUGCACCGGUUCGGCAACACGUCCAGCAGUCUGGUGUUCUACGAGCUGGCCUACUUCGAGGCCAAGCGCCGCGUCCGGGCCGGCGACCGCCUCUGGAUGCUGGCGUUCGGGACGGGGUUCAAGGCGUGCAGCAACGUCUGGCGCGCGCUCCGCGACGCCGCGCCCGACGCCGACAACCCAUGGAACGGAUGCGUCCACCGCUACCCAGUGCCGCCGCCGCCACCGUCCAAGACGCACAAGCAUGCUUGAUAUAGUACUAUGUGCUCCUCCGUCGCCGCGUCUCGUGCCUGUGUCUGCGUCGAUUGUUUGAUAAGCAACAUCAACGAAGGCGUAUGUAUCCUAGCUAGGGACCGGGUCAGUUGUUUGAUACGCUUGGAUGCAUGAUGAUCAGCUGUCUCAUUGGCUCCAAGAAGACCUAUGGAUUGUUUGAUUUCUGUGUCAGUGAUAUGUCAUAUGACAACAUGAGUAUCCCUGUUUGGAAAGUGAAAUAUAUAAGAAAUUUAAAUAUU